ACCAUAUCCUUGUCCGUAGAAGCAAGUGCAUUCGUAGCCAUCGUAUUCGGUCCGUCAUCAAACUACACACACUACCUGUCAUCUCGUAUGCUCAGAGAACCUCCCGACCUUUAGCACAUACUACGUCGCCGACUUUCUUAAAUGAUUUAUCCUGCUAUCCUCGCCCCACCUGUACCAUCCUGGCGACCCCUCAGGCCAUAUCAUUAUCUUACCUGUACCGUCUGGUCCUCUCCCGUGUUGCUCAGCCAGCUCUUGCUUGUUUUACCAGCCAUAGAUGCUCCCCAGCACUCCCUUCAGUUUCUAAGUCCUGUUCUGUGACCUUACCUAGCAUGCGAUCAUGGUUGCAGGCGUUACGCGUAGGUUCGCUUGUUCAUGGGAGCAUUGUGACAAGUCCUUUGCCCGCAGAGCAGACCUCCACAGACAUUACCGCAUCCAUACCAACGAGCGACCAUACUCUUGUAUUGUCGAGAAUUGCAAGAAGAGUUUUAUUCAGCGGAGCUCCCUGAAAGUCCAUGAAAGAAUACACACGGGAGAAAAGCCAUACAUCUGUGUCCAUCCUGAGUGCCAGAAAGCCUUUUCCGAUUCAUCUAGUUUUGCUCGCCAUCGGCGGACCCAUCUCAGGGUGCGGCCUCACGAAUAUGGUACACCAACAUACAAAGAAAGGCAUCGACGACGGUCUCACUUACCAAAAUCGAGGACCGACAGGGAGACCUCGAAGAGCUCAACUGAUAUCUUCAGCAUUGCAAGCGCCACGCCAACCUCAUCUGCAGACCGUCGUGCUCCACGCCCUGAGCAUGUUGCUUGCCCCAGGACUUGCGCCUCUUCAAUCUCUUCAGUGUCUCUUGAGUCUUGGCCCGUUCAAAAUCAAACCCUGACUUCAAUACCUGUUGAGCAGCUACCGGCUGAAACCCAGAACUUCUCGGGAGCGGACUCAUACCUUCCGGACCAUGAUUUUCAUCACCAUCAGGUGCACUGGCAACAGGAGUCUGAUUGCCAAAUCUAUGCUAGGCCUGUUUACGGGUAUUCCACGUCUUUGUUCACUUGGUUGCCAGCUGCCGCAAGCCUUUCAUGGGGAUACUUUAGAUGAUUAUCCUGAGAUAGCAUAGUUGGGAGACAAUUGGCGGGCGGUCGUUCUGCGUUAUGGAAUUUCAAAGGGCCAUGAGCUCGUAGAAUGAAAAAGAUUGACUUGAGCUCAAUACAAGUACAUGCUUUCACUCAGUACUAAUAGCACUAGUCUCAGCCCUGAGGCAUUGUAGAAGAGGGUAAAGUAGGAGAAGGUGCCAAAGUACAUAGCAUCGUGACCUGUCAUGGUCGGCGCUGAUCGCGGCAAGGGCCGUAGCAAGGCAAACGGCACUAUUUAUACAGGUGCAACCUUUCGCGGCACUCCCGCCACAUAGCAGAUAUUUCAUCCUAUCAU